AAAUAAUAUCGUGUAUAGAAACGGUCAGUAUUACUCAUGUACCAGAAAUAUGUGCGUGUAUGUUUCAUCCUAGCGAAUAAGCGAAAAACGAACCUUCGAUUUAACGUCAGAGAAACCGCGAAAGGUCAUACUCGUGUCGAUAAUAAGUCAUUUAAUUAGUCGUGUAGUACAUGUAUUUUGCUUGUUGUUUUUCUUCCAUUUUGGAGAAUUCUCUAAGAAUUACGUUCACUCUCUCUCACUUCCGUUUGUAUAUGAAGAUCGCACGAAAAUAGAAACCUCUGUGUAAUACGAGCCGACUCCCAGAUAUAGAGCUUUCUCUCGAACGGUUAUUUUCGACCGAUCCUACUGGUACUGUCCAGACGCUCAACAUAACGUAGAAAAAGCGUGCAAGCACGUUACUGAAGGUUUUCACGAUCCCGAGAUACCAGUCCGAGCGUACAAAAGAUUGCGUACUACGCGUUAUCGUGAAGAAAGGUUAUGGCGGUCACUUACUGAAAACAGUAUACGUUUCAAAUAUUUUUCUUUAAGCGAAUUUCGGGGAAAAUAGUGACGUAAAUAAUUUUCAGUGUUAUUCUCUUUUUAACGUAAGAAUCAGUGAGCCUUAUUAACCAAUAACCGAUGACUUAUAUGUAAAAGGGAAUCGCGAACGUCAUUAACCUUACAUUGGCAAUAAUCCAUUGGGUUGUAAUGUAUACGCGUUUGUGGAAUAACGUUCGUAGUGGUACAGCUUUAUUUUUAUCCCUCUAAGUGAGUGUGUCAAAGGGCAAGGCUAGUUCCAAAGGGGUUCAUUCUGGGAGUACUGCCAGUUGGCUUUUGACUGUGUCAUGUGAAAGAUGCACUCUUCUGUGAAACCUUGUUGAAUCCUUCGUAAAUAAUUGUCGACAAGCUUCAUUCGAAAGAUUGUUAUCACGAAGUUUACAAAAACGUUCUGGGAACGUUAAAAUAGUAUUCGAUUUUGUUGAAAUUUUAACACAAAACCGUAACAAUGAGUAUCCCAGAGGGUGUGAAGAAGUGUGUGGCAAUUUUAAAGGCAGUAGAGCAUGACUCUGAAAAAUUUGCUGCAUUAUUCAUGGUUACAAAAUUAGUGGACAGUAAGGAUUGUACACCGGCAGUUAAAAAGAUAUUAUUCGAAGCUAUCGGCUCAAAGUUCCUAAAAAAGUUGUUGUCUUCUCAAACAGUUCCUGUGGAUUGUCCCCCACAAGUGUAUAAAUCUGUAGCAUUGUCUAUACUUUCUGCCUUCUGUGGAGAACCAGAGUUAGCAUCUCACUCUGAUAUGAUUUCUUUUGUACCUGCAUUGCUUGACAUUGUAUCUCAAGUUGAUGAAGAUGCAGCUGAUGAUAUGUUAAUUAUUGUUAGCGAAGCAUAUACAUGUUUGCAAAAUAUUGCGCAAUAUCCACCAGGGCAGAAAGCUUUACUUGAACAGAAAGCAAUUUCAAAAAUGUGUGAUAUUUAUUCUGAAAAAAGUUUUCAAACCGAUCAAGCUUUGAAUAUUUUAGUCAUGUUAGUUGGAAGAUUUGGUCCAGAUGCUUGGGAUGCAACAGAUACUGCACCCUUUCAUGCUAUCAUAAAUAAAAUUGCAUUAGACUUUGAAACUGAUCACACUGAAAGGAAAUUUGAAUUAUGUACAAUUUUGCAAGCUUUAUUAAUGUCGUGUAGGAGAGACACUGUUAUUGAAACCUCUAAAGAGGAAACUUGGCCAUCUAGCAUUCAUAAAGCUUUGUUUGACAUUCUUGGAUCAAAAAUAGGAAAAAGUCAACGUGAUCCAGCAUUGAAGCUUGCUUCUGUAAUGAUGGAUCUGUUAGGGGCAGAAUGGAGUUUGUCUGAUAAAGAGAGACCUAAAGCAUUUUUCUUACUUUUGAUUCAACUGGCAUCCAUAGAAGUUAGGAUGCAGUUGGAGGGAAAACAACUUAAAGGUAUCAUGGCAAAUUCUGAUUUAAUUACAUCCUGCUUUGUAAUUCUCGAAAUUUCUCUUACAUACAUCACCACUGAUCAGUUAGAUUUAGAAGAGAAAGAGAAACAGUCAUUAUAUACAGCCUUGAAGGGAGCUUUUGCUGCAGUUAUAGGUUUACUUACAGCAGUCUCUAAAAUGAAAGACUUAACAGAUAUUAAAGAACGAGUAUUUAUCUGUGCAGUGAUAAGAGUACUGGCAGCAUGGCUUGCUCAAGAAACAAAAGCCAUGCGUCCACAAGUUCAUGCAGUUUUGCCAUAUAUUCUGUCUGUAGCUAAUGACACCUUCUAUGCUUACCGAAACAGAAAAUUAGCAGAAAAAGCUAAAACAAAUGCUAAAGUCAAAAGUGAGGAAGGAACAACAUCAGAAGAAUCAGUUGUUCAGGAUCCUUUAAGCGAAAUUGAUCUCUUGAGAUUAUUAUUACCAGCUUUAUGCUAUUUAACAGUUGAAGAGGAAGCUAGAAAAAUUUUACUUAAACAUAAACAAGAAGAAGUCUUGUUUGAAUGUUUGUCUUAUCAUUGGACAAUUGUUCAUUAUGUAAAGCCACCAGUGCCAAGAUCAGAGAGAUUGAAAGCAUUAAAAGAAGCAGAAAAAGGAGAUGAUUUAGAAUUUCACGUUUCAGACGCGAUGAAAGAUUCAAGAACAGCCAUGGUGUCUGUAUGCAAUGUUUUAAUGAAUGUCACUGUAUUAGAGCCAAAAUUGGUAGAAGAGUCGACAGUAUUUGUUUCCUUAUUGAAAUUUAUUUUCAAUAAUCUUCCAGAACUUAAACAAAUUCCAGAAAAUUUAGUGUUGCACGGUCAUCUAGCAGUUUUGGGAUUGUUGUUAUUAAAACAACAAGCAAAACGUAUUAAAAAAAAUGAUUUUUCUAUAUGUCGAUAUAUUCAAGCUACUAUAAGGUUUUUAUGGGAUGCAUACAUUAUCGACGAGAGUAACGAUCCAACCGAACUUGUUGUUUCUAUGCCAUAUAAAGAAAGAUGGAUGGAAAUUAUGGAACUGUGGUUCCUUGGAAUGCAAACAAUGGCUGCAGUUUUGCAAGUAGUACCUUGGCUUUCUCAAUUCACUUUGGAGUCAGGUUGGGCUGAAGAAAUGGUUGAAACUCUUAAAAAAGUAAAAAUAGGAAGCCUUCAGCCAAAAGAAAAAUCUGCUUUUGAAGAUCUAUUAUGUCAUUUAGUUAAAGCAGAUGAAAACAUUGCUUCUGUUUUGAAAAAAUGUGGAGUUUUAACUGUGUGCAGAAAUCAUCGUAUGAUGGAACUUGGAAAACAACUUUUUGGAGAUUAACGCAACAUGGAAAACAUUUGUCACAAUAUUCUUUUAAUGUUUAAUGCCUAAACUGAACGAACGACAAUUUAUGUUCUUGUUGAAAAAACAAAAUAUAAUUAUGUACUUUAUUCAUCACACAAUAUUCUUUAGAAUGCAGACUUGCAUAUAAGUACCUCUUGUAACAUGAACUUGUUUUGUCAAAAUAACAUAGUCUAGUAGUGUGUUGUCUGCAAUUUUGUGAAGCUGUCAUAGUCCAAAUAUAAAUUUAUGUGGCAAUCUUAUCUGGAAAUAGUUUUCUGGCAAGCAAAGGAAUCAAUGAAUUUCUCAAUGGACUAUACAUGUUGUAAAGCUUAAAUGUUGAAGUACAUUUCUGCUCAGAAGUAUUUGAUUGUUUUCUAUAUGUAUAUUUGAUAAAAGAGUAAAAGAUUAAAUGUCAUCUUUAAGAUUUUUUAAAUGUGUCUACAUUCUGAUAGUAAAUGAAAAUAAAUUUUUAUUGUAGCAGACACAUGAUCAAAUACUUUUGAACGGUAGUGGAUAUUUCAAAUCAAAAUAUUUUUACAUUUUAUAUAUAUUCAUAGGCUACUAAAAAUUUUUACAAGAUAGACAUACAUUUACUAUUGAUGUAGUUUUAGAAUGUAUAUACUUUAAAAAACGUUUAUGUAUAAUGAAUUGUUUUGUAAAAUAACAAAUGGUCUUAUUAAAUUGAAUUGUUUUUUUAAAGUA